CGGGCUUCCAUUGGCCGCCGCCCCGUGUGGCUGAACUGCACGAAGGGGUGGGGCCUCGGCAAGCCUGCAAAAAGCAAAAUGGGGGCGGGCCCGCGGCCACGGCAGAGGCAAGAAGGCCGCAGCGAUCCCACUACCUCCGCCCCGGCGGCUUUGAUGUUUGGCACCUAGUGUGAGCCUCUGUGCGGAAUUUGCUAUCAGCGAGCUAGCUGAUUUGGCCACUAGAUAGCGAAGUGAUCACUUCUACCGCCGCUUACGAUCGAGCAUCUGCAAGCACUCAUGUCAGUCCCGUAGAGUAUCAGCUGCAUUCUGUGCCGCCGGCCGUCUCGCUCGCGCGCCAAAGAUGUAUUCCUCCGGUGGGCCACCACGGUGGCAGAGGCCAAGAAGGGAGGAAGCCGCAGCCUUCAGCGCCGCGUGUAAGCGACUGUUCGUCAUCAGCGCAACUUUCGGAGAUGUGCUGUCGUCACUACCUUUCCUAUUGGGAAGUGAUGACAGCGGCAGCCGUGCGGGUUCCAGUGUGGGCCGCGUAUCGGCGUUGCAGAACGUGGAUGUUGAGAAAAUGCGCCCCGGAGCUGGCCGUUAUUCUGCUGGAGAGGAGAGAGGAGGAGCUGGACCACCUUCGUCGAGUACCCCUGGGGCGAUGAUGCCGAACGCGAGUUUGCCACUGGUGUAUGACAUACGCCAGAUGACGUCACGCAGGUCCCCCCCCCCCCUCGUCGCUGUGGAUGUGGGUGUGUCUGCACUACAGACUCGUCUCAGCGUGCGCUCGUUUUCCCACAUGUUUACACAUAAAGGAUACCGGGCUCGUCAGUGGUUGAAACGUGCGGCCCAUGCAGCGCAGCAUGGCCAUUUUCGAGAAGUUAUGACAGCUUGGAAACAACACAAAAAAGAUUACCUUCAUGGUUCAAUGGAGUGGGACCACCAUUUGGAGGACCAGUUUAAAAAGCUUUUCAAAUUCGAGCAGAAGCUUCUGGAAGCCGGGACACAAGAAACAAGAACACACAUGCAAGAAUUUCACAAGUAUGGCGAAGAAAAAAAACACGACUUAGAGAAAACCUUUAAAAAAUUUGAAGACCGACUUUCGGAGGUCGCCGAAACGGUCAAAGCAAAAGGAGAGUCGGCCGCCGAAGAAACGUUCGAGAUGUUUCACGACUUGACGGAGAAGCUUCGGGACUUUACAGAUAAAAUAAAGCAGCCUUUGCUCAGUAAAAUGGAGGAACUGCUGAUCGCGCACCCCAAGGUUCGGAAUUUCAUCGAAAAGACCGACCAUCUCAUGCACAGUAUAUGGCACCUAGCUUCAGGCGGCGGCUACGUGGAUAUGUUUGCAAAGAUAGCCAAGAAGACACUGCAGAAUGAAGUCGGUUCUGUCGUCGAGCAUAUGUUCUCGCAGCUGCUGCCUCCGAUCGAAGGGCAAGAGCUGAGUCUACUAACGGAAAAAUUUUACAACAAUUUUGGAAAGGUGAUCGAGGAGGAUGUGAAGCCGCUUGCGAAGGAAUUUUUUCAUGGCAUCGCAGUCAUGUCUUGGAAGAAAAUUUACUACGCCUUGUUCGAGAAAGACGCACACGAGUCGCUGUCCCAGAAGGUGGGAAAUGAGUUGCAACGGCUGCAGCAAUCUGUGAAGCGUUUCAGCUUUCCCGACUCCAAUAAGGACGUGCAGACUGUGAAUGACUUUCUGGUAGAAAACGUUGCGCCCCAGGUUGUGAAGUUCCUUCUGUCGAGGAUGCGGAGUAUCUUCCUGGAGACUAUGUGGGCGUCGGUACUGGCGGACACCGAGAUGUUUUUCGACGACAUGUGCACCACACUUGUGGGAGUGAUCGAGGCUGGAUUACUUGUCGUCGAGAUACCGUUUCCGCUGGUGCAGCGGGUCUGUCACUCUAUUGUUGCGAGCCCGAUCGCGCGAGGUCUCGAAGAUGUGCCCAAAUUGCUGGAGAAGGAGUUGGAGACGUAUCUCGAGACCAGUAAGAAAGUGCAACAGGUGGAAAUCAAUAUAGCACGAGAGCUGACGAAGAAACUACAGAAAUUUGACGCAGACCACCACCAGGAAAUACUGCCGACUUUGGCUCGAAAGAUCAAGGAUGGGAAAGAAAAAAAAGCACGAAAAGAAAACAAAGGCGCCGAGGCGCUGGCUGCACUAGAAGCGUGGAGGAAAGCGUCGAUGACGGGAGAAGAAGAACAAGCAAGAAGUACAGCCGAAUCCCUAAGAAAACACGUUGUAGAUAAGGUUCCCGGACAUGUGAUCGACGCCGGCCAUUCUUUUGCUCUCAUGCUGACCAGAGAAGUCAGAGACGGCCUGUAUGGGCUUUUCAAACUAGUUACGUUUGAAAUGAAGCACGUGCCUGUGCUUGGAGUGCUUUUCGAAGCUAUGGGACCCGUCUUCCAUCAUGUUAUCGGCGAGGUGGCGAAAAAGCUGCUUACUGCUGGAAUUUUCGGAGAGAUGAAUGAGAAGGAAGGCGGCUCAGAAACGAAAGGGAAAGCGGCCUUGUUGAUAGAACAUGUCGCAGUUGAGGCGCAAUCCUUGACGGAAAAAAAUGCUAAAGAGCAUGCUAAAAAUGCUAUCCUGGAAAUUCCGGGGGUAAAUGAAUUUCUCAAACGAGUUGCGGAGGACACGCUAUUCACGGAAGAAAACGUUUUCUCUGUAUUCAAGAAGUGCGCUACCGAAAAGAGGCUCAAAAACGCGUUCACGGGCUCCGGAUCGGCAGUGGCGAAACCCGCGACCAGCUCAGCUUUUCUAGUUACGACAGACACCGUUAACAACACGGCGGACGGUUCUGCACUUUUAGAAUACCAGAAGAAAGGCGAGAAGGGCGGCGGACACCAUGGGGAUACCCUGUUCGACAGCGAUAAGGUCGAGGUCUUCGCAAAUAUUCUGAAGACGCAUGUCUUACAGCACAGCAGUUUCUCUUUAGACGACUUUCUCAAGGACGUGGCUAAGAAGUUCGAGGAACACGGAAAGGCUAUUUUUGAGCACUUCGUCGGUAGUGCGGUGAUGGAUUUUUUUUCUACCCUCAAGGAGGCCCUGGUGGAGCUCGUUGUGGGGCCUCUUGCUGACGGUAUUGCCCAACAGUUCCAGGAGUAUAGCACACCCAAGAAGGCGACUGGUAUUAUGAAGACGAUUCGUGAUUUAUUUGGUCUGCAUCCGCAUGCGAUUGCACAGCUCCCCGCUGCCGUGAACGCCGUCAAGAAGGCCGUUCGUGAUUGUCUCAAAGAAGCCGUCGAAACACCCGACGCGGCAGUAAAAGCGGUAGAAGAGGCGGUCAACGCGGUAGAAAAGGCGGUGGUCAACGCGGCCGAGGCGGAGGCCCAGCAGACAGCAAAACAAGGAAAAAUGAGAAGCAGAAAGACAAACUGGUUGCCCGAGCCGUUGAGUUCUCGAUUACCAUUCUCACGAUCAUCAUCAUCAUCAUCAUCAUCAUCAGCGAAAACAAAAGGUCUGUAUUCGGAGGCCGUUGUCGAGGUGGAGAAAAUUCUGAAGAGGUUCGCACGUGCGGUGACAAGUGACGAAGAGACAAUCAAAGACGAAGUGAAAAAGAUUCUGAAGAAAGAAUUCCCGAAAAAGCUCAAGGAGAUGGCCGCGAUGCUGGAGAAAUUCGCACGAAUGCACACAAUAACGGAGCUGAGUAGCUUCGUCGUUGUGUCCGAUCCCAGCCGCCUGCCCGAGAUUUCAACAGCUGCGGGAGCACCCGGAGUCAGUGGUCGCGAGGAUGACAAGAUGGAAAGCGCGGGAGUCCCCACCGCGCUGGGAGCUGUCGACACCGAGAGCCUCGAAUUGGACGCGCUGGCCGAAUUUAGCGAUGGCGAAGACCAAAGCAAGCAUGCCAUCGGCGGAGAUGAGUUCUCCCCACCCGCUUCCGAGCCGGACGAUUUCAGUUAA